UCCAAUGCCCCCACACUUUACCAUCAAAUUUUCCCCCACACCACUUCGUCCAUAGUUGUCUUUUCCCAUGCAUCUCUCCUCAACUGAUUGAAUUCAAAGACAAUAAAUUGUAUUUAUGUACAAUUACCUUUCACAUUAAUUCUGCCUGUAUUUCAUUUGGGAAUCAUACUUUCCAGUCUACAAAUUAAAUUAAUUGCCAUAAAAUAAUAUAAUUAGGAUCUUAAAGCCAGAUAUACUUUCCUUUCCUUGUAAACAGAUUCCUCUUUAUAUCUAUAUAUAUAUAUAUAUAUCAAUUGGGACGAUUUCACUUCACUUGCAACUCUGAAAAUGUCUCCUCAGUCUCUUGUAUUGUUUCUCCUCAUCACCAUGGUCGUGGCAACGCCUCUUCGUCCUGGAUUUUACUCUGAAACUUGCCCAAAAGCUGAGCUCAUCGUCCGGGAUGUGAUGAAGAAGGCCAUGAUCAGAGAGCCAAGAAGCGUUGCCUCUGUUAUGCGAUUUCAGUUUCACGAUUGCUUCGUUAAUGGUUGUGAUGCAUCUCUAUUGCUUGAUGACACCCCAACGAUGCUCGGAGAGAAACUGGCUCUUUCCAAUAUAAAUUCGCUAAGAUCUUUCGAAGUCAUCGAUGAGAUAAAAGAGGCUCUAGAGAAGGCCUGCCCGGGAAUUGUUUCUUGUGCCGAUAUUGUAAUUAUGGCUUCCAGAGAUGCCGUUUCAUUGAGUGGAGGACCCUAUUGGGAGGUGAAAUUAGGAAGGCAAGACAGUUUGACAGCCAGCCAAGAAGAUUCAGACAAUAUCAUGCCAAGUCCAAGAUCAAAUGCAAGUUUCCUAAUUGACCUAUUUGUUAAAUUCAAUCUUUCUGUGAAAGAUCUUGUUGCUUUAUCAGGUUCACACUCCAUUGGGCAAGCCAGAUGCUUUUCAGUGAUGUUCAGGCUCUAUAACCAAUCUGGCUCAGGCAAGCCUGACCCAACCAUUGAGACCAAGUACAGAGAAAAGCUAGACAAGCUGUGCCCACUUGGAGGAGAUGAAAAUGUUACAGUAGAUCUUGAUGCAACACCUACAGUAUUUGACAACCAAUACUUCAAAGACUUGGUUGCUGGGAGAGGGUUUCUGAAUUCCGAUGAAACACUGUUUACGUAUCCAGCGACCAGAAAGUAUGUUUUGUUAUUUAGCAAAAACCAAGAUGAAUUUUUCGAGGCUUUUGCUGAGGGGAUGGUGAAGAUGGGAGAUUUGCAGUCAGGGAGAGCUGGAGAGAUUAGAAGCAAUUGCAGGGUGGUAAAUAGAAGGCCUGUGGAUAUUUUGUUAGAGAGCCGAUGAGAAGAGGCAAUGAUAGAUUAGGAAAUUGCAAGGGAUCAAUGCAUAUAAAACUAGAAAAAUAAUAGUACUGAGUGCAAUUUCAUUAGUCUCAUGGAUGUUAUAGCAGAAAUUUGAAUUGAUUAAUAAAUCAUCAGUAUGGCUUUGGUUGCAA